AUGCAAUUUAGUCUUUAUCAACAAUUUUUACUAAAUAGAAAAGGAUCAGAAAAAGCAAUAGAUGCCGAAUUGCGUAUUUCUCUUUCAUUUUUGUUCAGUCGAUCAAAACAACUAGAAACACAAUCAGUAGAUUUAUUUAGAAAUUCUGGACAAAAUAUUGGUGAAAUGAAAAGAAUGAUUUUAGGGUGUAUUGGAUCAAAUGCAAUGAGUUUUGAAAAUUAUUUUCUUGAAUCUUUGGAGUCAAAUAGUGAUGCUAUGUUGAAAAGUAUUUGUCUUUUAAUAAAAAAUAUGUGGAUAAUAAUUCAAAGAAUAAAUAAAUAUAAUUUAAAAACAUCAUAUUUUGAACAAAUAAUUAAAGAAAUAAAGAAAAUAAAAACAAAAAGAGAAUUCAAAGAAAAAAUUAUUUUUGAAGAUUUAUUGAAUUGGGAGGGGAAAGAAUGUGAAGAUAAAGAAGAACAAAAGAAAACAUUUUUGGAACAACGUGUACUUUUACAAAAUGAACACAAAAAUUUUUUUGAAAAUAAUAAAAUUAUUUUAUUAAAAAUUCCGGGAAUUAAAACUCGUUUGGAAGAAUUAAUUCCAAAUUUUAAAUUAAAAUAUUUUAUUAAAAAUAAUAUUUUUAAUAAUAAUUUUGAAUUAAAUGAACAUUUUUAUUCAAUUAUUUUUGGGGAAAAUAAAAAUAUUUUUCUUCAAAAUAUUUUGGGAAUUAAAUAUUUUAUUUGUGGAAAAAAUAUAAAUAAUGAAAUUAAAAAUUUAAAAGAAGAAAAAGAGUCUGAAAAGAAUUUAGUAAAUAAAUUGGAAGGAAUUUGGGGAGAAAUUAGGCCUAAAAUUUCUAGUAAAUACGAUUCCUUAUUUGAAAUGGAGGUUGAAGAAUUAGAAAAAGAAGAAGAAAUAUUAAUUUAUUUAAAAGAGGAAGUAAAUAAAAUAUAUUUUUUAAUUAAAAAUAAAAAAAUAAUUGAAUGGAUUGAUGAUAAAGAUAAUGAAGAAAAAAGUUUUAUAAAAUUUAAUGAAUGGUUAAAUGAUUUGAUGUUUAAUGAAUUUAAAAAUUUAAUUUUAGAAAAAGAUUUUGGAAAAGGUUAUUUAGAAGGUAUUAAUUAUAGAAUUAAAAAUAAUAAAAGUGUUUUUGGAAAAUAUUUGGAUAACCGAUAUCAAUUCGAAAAUUUUUGGGGUCUAGAUAUUCCAUAA